AUGCCUGUGAAUCCAAAUCAACUCGCCGUGGGCAAGAACAUUAGAUUCAGAAGCAAUGGCCAGAUUCACGGCGGAAAAAUCCAGAAAAUAGAUGGGAAAAACAUUACCGUUUUUGACAAUACCUAUAAAAAGGAUGUAGAUAUCGAUUUGGACGAUAUCAUAGAAGUCCUCUGA